GAAACGUUUCGUACCGGGAAGUUGUAUCGCGCGCUCAGUGUGAAGUGCUGUGUUCAGUAUUGUGUCCUGUUUCUUUUGAGCGCUAGUGUGUUUGUUUGGUGACAGUAAUGAAGAUUGUCAAAUCCGCGAGGAAGUAUCUGAGAAAAUAUACUGUUGUUAAAGUGGCUAAGUGUUCUGAAUAAAUAUGUGUCAGGCAAUUAGGUGCCCUGGUCCUAGUGUACCUAGUGAUUCAGUGACGUCAGUGUCAACCGGAGUCUAAGUUGUAACUUCGUCUGCUCUUAAUAAACUGGAAACUUAGAAAAGAUCUUACAAUAGACGGUUUGAAUCCGACGGAGAUGGCAAAGUUCUGUGAGAUAUCCAACUAAAUGACUAGAAGGAUAGUGAACCGCAUAUACGAGAAGAAUUGCUUCCGUACGGUACGGGUGAAUAGACGCCACUGAAUGACUCCAUCAGAAGGAAAAACCACACUUUUUGAAAACUUAAACGCUCAAUAUCCAGCCAAAGUGAAGUGGUAACAAAAUCGAUUUUCACUGCCAAGAAAAGUGUUAUCAAUACCAUUUAGUGCUUUUCGUGUUCAUUCUCAACCAAAAAAUGUGAAAAUGUGUUCAUGCAAAGUUUUUGUUCAAUUCACUUUUGAACUUAAAAUAUCGGGUAGAGUGUUCGCCGCAAAGUGAAAUAGUGAAUUUCUUCGAUUUCGAAGAAAGAAAGGAAAAUAGUGAAAAGUGCUUCCACGGAGCUCCUUUGAAGAAACUGACGGAAACUUUUCAGGAAGCGAAAGGAUUCUACAAAAAUGAGGCCAAUAAUGUCGCCAUGGCGAACACACAAAAUUUUAAAAAUGUUUACCGCUGCCAAAUCAUUCUGUUCAACGACAAUCGCUGCCAUUUUAAUUGCAAUGACAUUAACACUAACCGUAUCACCAGCGACAACGUUAGCCGCUACAUCGCCCAAACCAGACCAUAUGCCACCUGUAACUCAGUGCAAAAUGUCCGAACAUACAUGCACAAAUGGCAAAUGUGUGCCAUUAAACAAAUAUUGCAACAAUGUCAACGAUUGCGGCGAUGGAAGUGACGAGCCCCGAUUCUGCACACGAUGCAAUAGGACGUACUAUGGGGAUCAGGGGUUCACGUACUCUCUGGAACUACAUCGACCCAAAGAAGAUAAAAUUCCUUACAUUUGUCUGCUAACGUUUACAGCAGCUGGAGGAGUCCAUGGAGACAUUGUUCAGGUCACUCUGGAAAGUUUCACGUUGGGCCGUUUCACGUCAUACACACAAGACGGCUGCCCGGAUGGAUACCUGCAAGUGUCGGAAGCAGCAAGAACUCCCAUCGGAGGAAUGUGGUGCGGAACAUCAUGGGGACCGGUCAUAUUUUAUAGUGAGACACGGUCACUAGUGUUAAUGGUAAAACUUAACAAAUUGGCACGGGAUCAAAGUGGGUACAAUUUUGAUUUUCGGGUUCGCUACAAAGUUUUAUCCAGGGAGAGUGCCGUUGUACGCUAUGGCGGAAUUAAAUUUGAAGAUGUAGUACCGUGGCAUAAUGGGAGUUCAGCAGCACACUCAAAUAGUAUUGAAGAUUUUUCCAACCACACUGCACUGACGGAUCGAUAUAGACAGCAAGAAACGAAUCCCGUUAAUGGUGAAACGAAGGAUGGAAAUCUGACAACGGUCACGAGCAGGGAUGCUGUUAAGGAUAAUGAAACCUAUUCCGAACCUAAAUAUUAUCUAGGUGAUUUGAUUCCAGGAACUUACUGCUCUAGGAUUUUUAGCGACUGUGAUAGAAAAAAUUGCAGAUUACAAUCACCAAAUUUUCCUGGAAUUUAUCCAAGAAAUUUAACUUGCUACUACGCAAUAAGACAGCACGACAUACCUCAUGGAAAACAUGCUCUCAUUAUUGUCAAACAGCCAAAAGGCAAUCUGGUAUGGGUGGCAACACAGACUGGAGCCGUGAGCCAAAGCAGCAAUACCAACGACAAAGACAAGAAGUUUCAACCUCGUAUAAAAACUUGGCAAGAAUGUGAUUACGUUCAGGAUAGUCCCAACCCGAAAUGGAAGGCAACGGAUUAUAUCACAAUUUACGAUGGUUACACAACGCGUGAUCCGAUCAUUUUGAAAUUUUGCGGAGGAGGGCAAAGUCUGCCAGCAUCUAUUUCUAGUGGUCCCGAGCUCCUGGUGGAGUUUACGACGUCACCGUAUGGAACAUUUGUUGGGACAUCAUCGCAAGUAACGCCUCUGUACGGGUUCCUGCUGGAGGUUGAAGUUAAGUUUGUAGACCAGCAGACUGCAGCCUACGUGAAGAAUAAGAAAUUAUGCGAGUUUUGGGUCCGGGGCACAGGCUACGGAGUAUUGGAAAGCCCGAAGCAUUCCUUGGCACCGAAUACAACUUGCCUCUACCAUUUACAAGGGACAACAUCUAUAUUUCGUUCAUUGGGAGAUCAACUUCCACCACUGAGACGUACCAGCCAGCAACAACAAGCCAUAUCACCCUCGCGUUUUAAAAUUUGGUUAUCAAUUUUAAAAUUUGAGUUAGCCCCACCGUUUGGGCUUCUCAAUGAAGCAACCACAGGAAUGCAAACACAAGAGGACUGCAACGGAAUGCUAAGAGUGUGGGAUGGACCUCUCAGAGAACCACCUGUGUGUAAAGAUUUGAACUGUGGCCGAGAUUCGCACAGAGGAGUAGUUAGCAAAUAUUCCCAGAAUAACGCAAGUGUAAUAGCCAGGUUUUGCUACGGAACUAUUCCACGAAGUUGUGAUAGGGUGAAUAUCAAUGACACCCACGCACGUCCUUGCACAAUUUCGGAAAGCUUUGUGUCGUCAUCAGAUUCAAUUACGUUAGAGCUGAAAAAUGCUGAAUCAACCGCAUUACGUCCAUUAAAUUUUAAACUCCGUUAUGAAUUCGUUGAUCUAUAUCAAGACGGGAUUCCUAUCUUUGGAACACAUGAAUGCAAUCGUAAAUUCGUAAGUGGAUUAAUUGAGCGCCGAGAGCCAACAACCUUUCGAAGUAUACGAAAUAUUUUUUUAUUCGGGCGUGGAGGCGCUCGAAACCUAAACUGCACUUAUCGUUUUGAAGCCCAACGCGGCGAAAGGAUUCACAUCGUCAUACGCAAAGUCAUAACGAAAAACAGGAAAUGUAGUUCACAAAUAGACCGUGAUAUCAACCGGUCCUACUGCUUUGGAAACACAGAUGUUCGGAUAGAGAUAUUCGAACACCCAUACCAAGAAGUGAUUCUCUUGCCUCGGGGAUGCAUAUGCAACUCUUCAAACAGCUCAAUGCUCCCUGUUGAAUAUACAUCGACAAGCCGUGAAGUUGAAGUACGAUUAACCGCAAUAAAUAUGACGACACUCGAUGAUCCAGACACAAUUAGAUUCGAAGGAACAUAUGAAUUCAUUAAGGCCCCAUUGACGUGCAAGGAUAGUAGAAGGAAAUUCGGUCCUAGUGGAACAGUUGACAUGACUUUUGGAGAUAUGGAAUGUCGGACUCGCCCAUGGGUUAUAGAACCUUCCAAUGGCAAUAAAUUCCUAUACUUAAGAUUACGUGGAAUAUUCAUAAGGAAACAUAAUCCACUGCUUUUCAAACCCAUGAAUACUAGUCUGUCUUACACUCUCGCUGAGAAGUGUCCUACUCCAGCAAGAGUAGUGUUAACUACAGGGGAAGGUGCUUCGAUAACAGCCUGCCCCCUUGAUGAGAACUCUGGCAUAUAUGAAUAUGUUGAAAUAUUCAGUGCUGGAUGGAAAGAAAAGACUGACUACGAACACGGCAAUCCGUCAAAAGUUAUAAGUGUAGAAUUUCUGAGACCUGAAAAUGGUGAAUACAGUUUCACUUGGAUGGAGAUGAUACCAAGACCACCGCUAGGACUAGUUGAGGACUGCAAAUAUCGAUGUACGGCACUUGGUGCAUGUGUUAAUGCAACUGUUUGGUGUGAUGGAAUCGUUCACUGCCCAUCUGGAGAAGACGAAUCAUUCCUGCAAUGCUCUCCAAUCCUCAAACUGCCUGCUGAAAUUCUUGCAACACUGUGUAUAGUCAUUAUUUUGUUUUGUUGUGGCUUCAUUGCCUUUGCGUAUAGGAAAAUAAAGAGGAAAUGCCGCGGCUCAUCUGUACUCCAGACACGUCUUAAAUCCCUCAGCUCCAUGGAUACGCCCGUUUUCGACGAAAAGGACGUGAUUUGCUGACAAAGCGAGAAUUCUGUCCGAUAUGUGGAAGUGGACAGGGUAACUACAGUCUGACCACACUCUAUCGUGCAGAAUCUCAACCCAAAAACAUUCGACUGGUCGUUGUCAAUAGAUCUUUUUCUAUUACUACAAUUUUAAGACGGAAAUAAAUGAUAAAUGCUAAUUGUUAUUUUAUAAAAAAAGAUUAAAGGCAAAUCAAAUAAAGCAACUCUGCAUAAAAACUGUUACUUGUAAAAAAGCAAGAAAAAAAUAUUAUACUUGAGAAAAAAGGACUUAGGUGCAUGUUGUGAAUUUAAUUCUGAAUCAAAGUAUCUUUAAGCAAAAGAAUUUCGGAGCAUCUUCAAGAUGACGAACUUGUUACAAGGAGGUGAAAGUGAAAAUGAAUCAUAAGACAAAGAAGAUUGAAAACUAAGCAAUGAAUGUCGUUCUACUGCCAAUUACUCGUAGAGCUUUCUUCAGGCAGUUGUGUUCUCUCGACAAUUCCAAUAAUAAAAAAAUCAGUUAAAUUCAAUUAAGAUAAAACUGAAAUAACAACAACAAACUACUACUUGCUAACAAAUUAUUAACUAAAGACAGUCAGUUAAUCGACGACUUAUUUUUUGUACUACGUUUUAGUAAUACAUAUACUACUUAAAAACACUAACUGACGAAAUGAUGAUAUUGACUAAACGAGAAUUAUUUAUUAAAACGAUAUUGAAUUUGUAAUGGUGGUAGUAGUAUAUUAUUAUUAGAUGAAAGGUGAAAACACGUUUUUUAUGAUGACAUCAAUUAGUAUGUAAAGUCAAACUGUUUUUGAUACUUUUAUGUGCUUCGAUUUCCACUUACAUCUAUGGUCAUUUUUAAAUGAUCAGAUAUAAAUGAUAAUGUUGUAAAUUCAUCGUUUGUAGGAUAGUAGAGUAUUUAUGUCAGAUUUGAUCGUAUGUAUAAGUAUAAAAUUUUGUCAGGGUCCAAGCAAUAAUUGGAUGCUUUAUUAAUGUUUCAUUGUUGCAGCAAUUAUUACGUGAGGGAAACGACUUUUAACGGAAAUUUUCCGCGAAAGGCAACUAACUAUUUUGAUAUUACCUUUACGUUCGGUCUUGAACUACCCGUUUGGAAUACGUGGGUUGCCCUAAGAAUUUUGUCCAGCAAAGUGUUCAAUUUAGAUAUGAGAAAUUUAUGACUUUUUUGUUUAAACAUUUAAGCAUUUCUGUCCCGUUGUCCACUAGUAGACGCUCUUGAAAUUCACCGCUUUGAGUUUCAAUGUGAGAUGUAUGCUAAGGUAUCGAUAUAAACAUCAUAUGUGUCACUUCACGUAAGGUCUCGUUAUUUUUAAGGUUUUGUUUGCAAAACAUGUGGGGUAUCUAAUGAAAAGUCUCGAUUAGUACUUUUCGAAGCCGGUCUUAGUUUUGAGAUUUGUUAGAAAGGCGGG